CGAGAGCGGAAGUGUUUCGCUGAGUGCAGGGCAGGCGCAUCUGACCCGGAACCGGAACCGGAAGCUGCUCUUCAGCGCGAUCGACAGAAACGCCGGGCAAACGUGAGAAGAAAGCAACAUGAGUCUCCUAAACAAACCCAAGAGUGAGAUGACUCCGGAUGAGCUCCAGAAACGAGAGGAGGAGGAAUUCAACACGGGGCCGCUGUCUGUCCUCACCCAGUCUGUCAAAAACAACACGCAGGUCCUCAUCAACUGCAGGAACAACAAGAAGCUACUGGGAAGAGUCAAAGCCUUUGACAGACACUGUAACAUGGUCCUGGAAAAUGUCAAAGAAAUGUGGACUGAAGUCCCUAAAAGUGGGAAGGGAAAGAAGAAGUCUAAACCAGUGAAUAAGGACAGGUACAUCUCCAAGAUGUUCCUCCGAGGAGAUAGUGUCAUCGUUGUUCUCAGAAACCCACUGUUGGCUGGAAAAUAAUUUGCAACUCGGAGUGUAGAACAUAUUAACCCCCCCAACAGGCUGGACCAUCUUUGAAUUUCUACUCCUCUUCCAAGGAACCCCAUCAACAUAUAUCCUCCUCAUAAUUUGUUUUUCUUCUGUCUUCCCUCUCUGCGGUUGUGAUUGGUUCCCGAUGCCGUACGGCUGGGCUUUUCUUAACAUUCUUAAAAUGAUUAUUUGUGAAGACGUGACACUGUUUUGUGUUUUUGUGUCAAAACAUCAACUAAACCCUUAAGUGAUUGGUACAGCUGUGUUGACCCAAGGCAAGGUUUCUGAUAAUCUUUUGUGUUAUUAUUUCUUUGCAUCUUCUUGUGUCUGCUAUGAACGGUAGGCCUCCUUUCAUUGUUCCACCUACAACAGUUUUUUUUUUUACUGUUUUUUUUUUUUUGUAAUAAAGAGAAAUUACCCAA